UGUAAAUAUCACAAUUCUUGAAUUGCUUAGAUGGAAGUUCAAGCUAGACAAACCUUCGUCCCUAACAUAUUUCACAGGCUCGUUAUUGCAUUAUACCGCCUAAAUACUGCCGUCUGUAAAGUUUGUCAAUUGCGCUACCGUUUUCCACUUUCACCAUCUGCGAUGCACCAGUUUUUCUUUCAAACCAACCACUUUCCUUUACAAACCAGUAACAGCAACGUUCUAAUACAAAUUAACAAUUCCUUGCGAACCGGAAAAUUCCUUUACCCAUUAACUAUUCCCCUGUAUAAACCAGUAACUCCUCUCUAGAAAUCGGCAAAAUUUCCUAGCAAGCUCCCAAUUUAUCUCCUGGGAUCGCCGACGUGUUUCUUCACAACGUGCACUAUAUACACCCCUUGAACCACGUUUUGAACUAUAACAAAAUGCCUCCCAAAGAGAUCCCGGGAUAUUAUUGGGACAAGGACAAGAAGCGUUACUUCAAGAUCGAACAGCGCAAGACGGCGCCAAGAAAUGCAGCCUGGUCUUCUGAUAGUGUCAAGAAGCGUAGGAUCGAGGACGCAGAGGCUGCUGAGCAUGCCCAUCAAGUUGUGCUGAACAAGAAGCGCAUUGUUCGUUCCGAGACCCUGGAGCACCCUCUUAUCGGCGGCUUCCUUAACCGCGAGCUUGGCGUGCCUAGACGUGAUCACAUCUCAACUUCUUUUUCCCAUGGCAUAGUUGAGAAGGGCGCAGUUGCGUUCACCUGGGGCAACGAGCAGGAUACGCUCACCCACAUGGUCGUCACCAACAAAGGACCCAAAGGACUAUGCAAAGUCUACGCAAGUCCCGACGGAAGAGUAUGUAAUUCGGCCUAUACCUUAAGAGACAUGGAAUCAGGCAGAAUAGCUUCGAAGUUCCGUGGCAGAUUACUUGACAACCAUUUGAAUGGACAAGACCUUCGUCUAGGACCAACCCACGAAGCUGUCCCAUCGCCGAUGGCAAGCAUGGGAUAUAGCAGCAAAUACGAUGCCGCUAUUAUUAUCCCUCGCCAGUUCCAAAGACAUGAUCCCGUCUACAUUCGCGUUAACACAGAUGUACACAAUGUACUAGCGAAUCGCCUCAUAACCGGCCAACCCCCCGUCAACCCCCUCCGCCACAUAAAGACCCAGCUUCCUUGGAGUGCUAACUUUGCUACAUGCCGAGAUCCGAUAGAGGCUCUCUCAUUAUGCAUGGCUCCAUCUACCAGUCCGGAUCUGCUAUGCGUGAUUGGCACGACUCACGGCCUAGUCUACUACAACGAUCUCGGAUACAUAGCAGUGCCAUUUCCCCUGAGCCACUUCAACUUCAAAGAUCCCAUGGGCCGACCCCCCACCGCUGAUACCUUUGGCAUCACUUUCAAAGCAGAGAACCCCAACAUUCUCUUGUUUGGCGGUCGUCCCGGCCGCUUGUUCACCGGGGACCUGCGGUGCGAAUAUCCCAAAUGGACCAACAUCAAGGUCCGCGACGCCAUCACCCACGUCAAACAAGUCAGCGAGCACAGAGUCCUAGUUGCCGGCCUACGAAACAUGCUGUCUGUCUUCGACACUCGCUACUGCGCAUCCGAACACCUACACACGAAGCCCAAGGCCACAACCAUCCCCUUCCUCCAGAUCGCCGGCUUUAAGAACGGCCCGUACCUCGAUCUCGGGCUGGACGUGGACAGGGACUCGGGGGUUGUGGCAGCGGCCCAUGAUGAUGGGAAGAUGGCGCUGUACUCGGUGCACAGCGGGCUUCGACUCCCCUGCGCGGACGUCGAUGGGAUCGCGGCAGGGAGCCCGAUUCACUGUGUCCAAUGGGAGACGUUUGUUGGCGACAAUACGCCGAGCUUGUUCGUGGGCGCGGAUCACCGCGUUAGGGUUUACUCAUUUGGGGUUAGGGACCCUGACGCGGAUGAGUAGGGUCUUGCGCCUUACGAUAUGUGUUGGUUCGUGUUGGGUUGUGGGUGCCUGUGUCGGUGCCUGUGCCUCGUAAGAGGAUAUUGUUUCUUUCUCUGUUUGUUUGUCUGUUUGUGCUGUGCGUCUGAAGACCAUCACAGCAUUGCAUUGCAUUGCAUUGCAU